AGCAGUAAAUUAGAACAAACUCGACGAGCGAAAACCAUGUUUCCGUCCUCCAUUCUUCUUCCAGUUGUAGUUGAUUAGUGGGAGAAAGAAAGGGAAACACAGAGACUCAUUCGAUAUAUUUGUGUGUGUUUAUUGGUAGAAACCGCGUUUUGGCUUCGAAAAGGAGAGGGAUUCACCCAAAAUGGGGCAUUCCAGGGAGAAAGUAAACCCUCUGAAGCGAAGCUUCGAAGGCAUAAAUGGGUCGGAGAAGCGCUCUGGCUCUGAUGAUCCCAUGGACAUCGACGUUGCUGCUACUCAAAAUUUCCAACCAAGAGAGUAUCAAUCGAAGGUGUUUCAAGUGGCGCUGCGGCGAAAUACGAUUGCCGUGUUGGACACCGGUGCUGGCAAGACGAUGAUAGCAGUGAUGAUCAUCAAACACAUUGCUCCAUCUCUCAAUAUCACUCACCCUAAUCAUGACAAGAAAUUGAUCCUGUUUUUGGCCCCCACGGUUCAUCUAGUUCACCAGCAAUUUGAAGUUUUAAAGGUUCAUACAGAUCUUCUGGUUGAAGAAUAUUAUGGAGCCAAAGGGGUUGACCAGUGGAAUGCUAAUUCUUGGGCAAAGGAAAUUAAUGAACAUGAUGUGAUGGUUAUGACCCCCCAAAUUUUAUUGGAUGCCAUGAGGAAGGCAUUCUUGAACUUUGAGAUGGUGUGCUUAAUGAUAAUUGAUGAGUGUCAUCGAGCUACUGGUAAUCAUCCAUAUAGUCAAAUCAUGAAGGAGUUUUAUCACAAAUCUAGAAGUAAGCCAAAGAUUUUUGGAAUGACGGCAUCCCCUGUAGUAAGAAAAGGUGUCUCAUCUAUCAUGGAUUGUGAGGAGCAGAUAUCAGAACUUGAAAGUGUAUUGGAUUCCCAGAUCUAUACAAUAGGGGAUAGGACAGAACUGGAAGAAAUAAUUCCUUCUGCAAAAGAACUUUGUAGAUUUUAUGAUCCAGCAGUGUGUUUCCAUUUGGAUUUGAAAGCCAAGUUGGAAUCAUCAUGGGUAAAGUUUGAUACUUUGUUGCUCGAAUUGGAAAGGUCAAUGCCAAGUCACUAUAAAGAUGCAGAGGAUAAGUACAAGGCACUUCGAAAGCGGUUAUCCAAUGAUCAUGCAAAGAUCCUAUAUUGCCUUGACGAACUUGGUCUGAUAUGCAUGUGUGAGGCUGUUGAAGUUUGUAUAGAGAAUGCUCCUAAUGUACCAGAAGGGUGUGAAUUUUAUAGAAAAGGUUGUUUGCAGUAUAGAUAUUUUCUUGAGGAAGUAUUAUCAUCAGUCAAUGCAUCAUUGCCAGAUGGCAAUGCAUAUCUUUUGGACAUUGGAGAUGAUUAUUCAAAUACUGUUACGAUGGGCUAUGUAUCUGCAAAACUAUAUGAACUCUUUCAAAUUUUUAAAUCAUUCCGAGAAGCUAGGCAAAUGUUGUGCCUCAUUUUUGUUGAAAGGAUUGUAACAGCAAAAGUUAUUGAAAGAGUUAUGAAGAGAGUUGCAUGUUUUUCUCAUCUCAGAGUUUCUUAUUUGACUGGAAGUAAUUCAUCAGUUGAUGCCCUGGCACCAAAAGUACAGAAAGAAAAUCUGGAAUCAUUUCGCUCUGGAAAGGUCAACCUAUUAUUUGCUACUGAUGUGAUCGAGGAGGGAAUUCAUAUACCGGAUUGCUCUUUUGUUAUACGGUUUGACCUGCCAAAGACAGUUCGCAGCUAUAUCCAAUCACGAGGACGGGCUCGUCAAAAUGAGUCCCAGUUUGUUAUUAUGCUUGAGAGGGGGAACAUAAAGCAGAGAGAUCAAAUAUUUGAUAUAAUCAGAAGCGAGUAUUCUAUGAUUGGUAGAGCAAUUAAUAGAGAUCCUGUUACUGGGUUUGUAAGAGCAUGCACUAUCAGGGAAACAGAUGCAUAUUAUGUGGAGGCAACUGGAGCAUCAAUAACUGUAGAUUCUAGUGUCAACCUCAUUCAUCAUUACUGUGAAAAGCUCCCUGGAGAUAAGUACUUCACUCCAAAGCCCAUUUUUCAGUUCCUGUUGUUGGGAGAGUUAUAUCAAUGUAAAUUGACAUUACCUCCUAAUGCAGCCUUUCAAACUAUAGUUGGUUCUCCAUGUGGAAAUUCUCAUUUAUCUAAACAGAUAGUAUGCUUUGAUGCAUGUAAGAAACUGCAUAAAAUGGGAGCUCUUGAUGAUCAUCUUCUUCCCUUCAAUGAAGAAACAUCAGAAAAUGAUUCUGUUUCAAGGAGAAAAGGAUCAAUUUCAGGAGCAGGUACAACCAAGAGGAAGGAAUUGCACGGGACGGCCUGGAUUCGUGGACUAUCUGGGAAGUGGAGUUUAAAACAUGACACUGCCAUUUUUCAUGCCUACAAAAUAUGUUUCUCUUGUAAUAUACCUAAUGUGAUGUACUCCAGUUUCGUUCUUCUGCUUGAAUCAAAGCUAGAUGAUGAUGUGGGAAAUGUUGAAGUGGAACUUUAUUUAGUUUCAAAGUUUGUGAAAUCUUCUGUUUCUUCUUGCGGGGAAAUACAUCUAGAUGAACAGCAGGUGGAGAAAGCAAUGUGUUUUCAAGCAUUUUUCUUUAAUGGAUUAUUUGGAAAAUUGUUUAUUGGUUCAAAAUCAGGGGGAGGAAGAAAGUUUUUGUUGCAAGAGGAGGAAGAAUCAUUAUGGAAUCAAUCAAACAUGUAUCUGCUCCUACCAUUGGCUUCAUCAAAUGAUCUUCAUUCAGAAUGUUGGAGAAUUAAUUGGAAGGGAAUCAACUCUAGCGUCUCUGUGGUAGAAUUUUUGAGAAGAAAUGCUUGGUUAAGUGCUGAUCAAUCUACUAGUGACCGGAGGAAUUCAUUAAUUCAAGAUAGGAACCACAUUGACACUGACCAGAGUAGCACAAAUGUCAUUCACUUGGCAGAUAAAUCCUUUGAUAUGAAGAGCCUCAAGGACAUGGUGGUUUUGGCCAUUCACACGGGGAGAAUUUACACUGUCCUAGAUGUGAUUGAUAAUACAUCUGCUGAGAGUCCCUUUGAUGGUAACUCUGAUGCAUUGCCUUCCAAUUAUUCGUCUUUUGCUGACUAUUUCAACAAAAAGUAUGGUAUUGUAUUAAUGCAUCCUGGACAACCCUUGUUGCUGCUAAAGCAGAGUCAUAAAGCACACAACCUUCUUGUGGAUUUUAAGAAUGAAGGUCUGUCAACUUGCAUGCCAAGUUUUUCACAUGGAAUGAAUUCAGGAAAGGGCAAUGCAGUAGUUCAAAAGCCACGAAAUUAUGUACACAUGCCCCCGGAACUCCUUGUCAAUAUUGAUAUACCAAUAGAUGUUUUAAAAUCAUUUUACUUGCUUCCUUCACUAAUGCAUCGACUGGAGUCUCUGAUGUUGGCCUCCCAGCUUAGAGGAGAGAUUGGCAGUCUUUCUAGCAAUUCUUUGACAUCAAGUUCCUUGAUUCUGGAAGCCAUCACCACUCUGAGAUGCAAUGAAAGUUUUUCCAUGGAACGCCUGGAGUUGCUUGGUGAUUCAGUUUUGAAGUAUGUUGUGAGCUGCCACCUGUUUCUUAAAUAUCCAAAGAAGCACGAAGGACAAUUAUCUGCUCGGCGCCAAUGGGCCGUCUGUAAUUCUACCUUACAUAAACUUGGAACUGAUCGCAACUUACAGGGGUAUAUACGGGAUAGUGCAUUUGAUCCCCAAAGAUGGCUUGCUCCAGGACAAUGUUCUAUACGCCCUUGUCCUUGUUCAUGUGGAGUGGAUACUUUGCAUGUGCCUCUGGAUAGCAAAUUUCAAACUGAGGAUGCUAAAGUUGUUGUGGGGAAGUGCUGUGACCGGGGUCAUAGGUGGAUGGUUUCCAAAACCAUAUCUGAUUGUGUUGAAGCUCUGAUAGGAGCAUGCUAUGUGGGUGGUGGACUGACUGCAGCCCUUCAUUUGAUGAAAUGGCUUGGCCUUGAUGCUGAACUUGAGCCCUCACUCAUAGAUGAAGCCACUAAAACUGCAUCUCUCCACUCCUGCAUUCCAAAAACUAAAGAAAUUGAAAUUCUGGAGUCAAAGCUUGGGUAUGAGUUCUCUGUGAAUGGUCUGCUAUUAGAGGCAGUAACUCAUGCAUCUGAGCAAGCACUGGAUGUUGGCUUCUGUUACCAGAGGCUUGAAUUUCUUGGUGAUUCUGUAUUAGACAUACUUAUUACAUGGCAUUUGUACCAAAGCCAUAAAGAGAUAGAUCCAGGAGAAUUGACGGACUUGCGUUCAGCCUCUGUUAAUAAUAAUAAUUUUGCUCAUGCUGCCGUGAAACAUAACCUUCAUCAGCAUCUUCAGCAUUGCUCUGGGUUUCUUUUAAGUCAAAUAACAGAGUAUGUGAAAUCCGUUUCUGAUUCUCAUAGCAACUGCAAUACCUUGCAAGGCUUGAAGGUUCCUAAGGCUCUUGGAGACAUGGUGGAAAGUAUUGCAGGGGCAAUACUUAUUGAUUCUAAGCUCAAUCUAGAUGCAGUGUGGAGAAUCUUCAAACCUCUUUUAUCUCCCAUUGUGACCCCAGAUAAACUUGAACUUCCUCCAUUACGCGAACUGAUUGAAUUAUGUGACUCUCUUGGGUACUUUAUAAAAGAGGAGUGUAUAAAAAAGGGAGAAGUGGUACAUGCUGAGCUCAAAUUGCAACUUAAAGACAUUCUAUUGGUUGGAGAGGGAAUUGGGCACAGCAGAAAAGUGGCCAAGGGACAAGCAGCUCUUCAUUUGUUGAAGGACCUGGAGAACAGAGGAAUUGCGAACUCCAAAAGGAGAAAACAAGAAUCUGAUACAGUUGGUGAUCUGUCUUCCCAAGACCUGGGUAAGAAUAUUUGCAGUGGAACUGAUGUUGAUCCUUCAGAGCCAAUAGCCCAAAAAAGGAAGUUAACUGCGAGUCAGUUGCAUUUGGAUCCCUAUAGAAGUCCUUCCCAUAGCGAAAAUUCAUCUACCAAAUCCUGUGAUUCUAAGAUUAACACUCCAGUUCUUGCAUCGAUUGACAUGAAGAAGGGAGGUCCUCGGACAUCUCUUUAUAGCCUCUGCAAGAAACUGCAGUGGCCCAUGCCAACCUUUGAAACGACAGAGAACAAAUCAAGAACUUUAAUUGAGUUUUGUGAAGGCUCUGAAAAGAGAACCGGUUUCAACAGUUUCGUAUCAACAAUAACCUUGACCAUUCCUGAGUUUGGUGACAUCGAACAAACUGGAGACCAGAGAGCAGACAAGAAGAGUUCGUUCGACUCUGCAGCACUCGUCAUGCUGUUCGAGCUUGAAAGGCAAGGACGGAUCUCCAUUGAGGGCGUGAAAGUGUAAGUGAGCGGCAAACUUCUCGUAUUCUUCAGCGGUUGAUGAAAGGUGGGAUUGAGUAAUUGUUCGUUUAUUAGACUUGGGCUUUUUAUAGCUUUCUCAAUCAAAAUUGUUCGUUUAUUAGACUUGGGCUUGUUAUAGCUUUCUCAAUCAAUUGUAUGUAAAAAGUAGUAAGCUAGUAGGACAAUCAGGGAAAACCAAUUUCUGCAGGGCUAAUAAGAUGCCGCCAUUGUCCUCACUUGCUGUAACUAAUGAUGCGUGCAUAGUCAUUACCAUUUACCAAA